AUGAGAAGGCUAGGGUUCAGUUUGGCCUUCUUCGAGGAUGAUUAUGGGGUUUAUUGUAACUGCUCAAGCCUCUCACGAACAGCGGCCAAAUACGUUUCACCUUUGAGUCAUGGGGUGUGCUUGUCGACGCGGAAGGGAGAGUACCGAAGAGCGGUUAUUUUUGACCGAUGUCGUUGCUGUGUUGUGAAAACUACUUUUUCUAGUAGUGGGAUUAAAUCUUUUUCCCUCUCGCACAAUCGCACUAUACCCUACCUCACUCAUUUUGUGUCGUUUGUUUCUCGUCGGGAAGGCUUUCCAACGCUGUCGAGCUUGUCCUCGUGGAGGCUUUCCAGGUCGUCAUGUGGAUCCAGGUGGGAACUCUACUGCCUCGAACAUGGCAUCGAGCCCGACGACAUGAUGCCUUCUGACUCCACCUUCGAUGUAGCCCACGACGCCUUCAAAACCUUCAGUGAAACUAGAUCUGGCAAGCACGUCCCCCGUGCUGUCUUUGUCGACCUCGAACUCACCGUCAUCGACGAGGUCCACUGCGGCACCUACCGUCAACUCUUCCACCCCGAAAAACUCAUCUCCAGCAAGGAAGACGCCGCCAGCAACUUCGCCAGCGGCCACUACACCAUUUCGUUCCUCCCUCCCUCAAUCCGUAAGCUCGUCGACAACUGCACCGGCCUACAAGGCUUCCUCGUCUUCAACGCCGUCGACGGUGGCAAGUACCCUAGGAUCCACUUCAUGCUUUCAUCCUAUGCUCCGAUUAUCUCUGCCGCUAAGUUCUACCACGAGCAGUUGUGGGUGCCGAAGAUCACCAAUGCCGUGUUCAAGCCCGCCAGCAUGAUGGCCAAGUGUGAUCCAAGGCACGGCAAGUACAUGGCUUGCUGCUUGAUGUACCGUGGUGAUGUUGUCCCUAAGGAUGUCAAUACUGUUGUUGCCACCAUCAAGACUAAGAGGACUGUCUAA